AUUGCAGCCCUUUCUAUCGACCUCGUUACCAACACAUCGGUGGUGAUGAGUAUUGGCUAGCUCCGUUCCUACAUCUAAGUUCCGAUAGAGUUAUCUAACCUAAGAAAUGCUUUGUCUUAUCCUAUAAAUUAUGCUAUAAGCAUCAAAGUUAUGUCCCAUGAACACAAAUUCAUUAUCUGGUGGUGGUAUCUGUAUCUGUAUGGCUUUGAAAUCCCUUGUUCUGGUUAGUCUUUUAGUCGCUGCUGUUGCAGCUCCAAUGGCCCAGGCACAAAUUGCAGAAAGUACGCAGGGUCCUACGUUGGGGCUAGUGCACGUUGAUGUUACCCUAUAUUGCACUCCUGAUGGGAACAUUGGUCCUUUGGGCGAGGCCACACCCCCUUUUCCUAAUGCUAUGGUGCUAUUGCAAUGUGGAGACGGAACUAUAGUUGCUACUGCUACGACCAAUAGCUUCGGAAUCGCCUACUUACAUUCAGAUCCCAUGCCUCUUUUUCCCUUCUUCUCACAACUGGAAUCCGACUGCAAGCUCAUCGUUAACACGACCCUGUCUACCUGCGACUCCAGCCUACCAUCCACCGGUUGCCUCCAGUCAGCUCUAACGUUCAUCGAAACCGUUGCCCUCGGAACUUUCAGUGUUACCAGCUUUAAGCCUACUGGUUUCACUUUUAAUCCUAUACUCUAGUGGUGCAUGGUAAGUGCAACACAAGAUCAAUAAAAUAACUGCAAUGAGAAUAACUUCUGUAUUACGGCUCUUCUAUUGUAAUUUAGUAUUCGAUUUGAAUAUUUUAUAUUAACACAUGCACGAUUGCACGUUAAACGUAUACCAUAUGGAGUCAUAUACAGUUACUGAACGUGUAUAUCUGAUGGUAUAUAAAAUGAGAAAACAAGAAGUUCAAAGAUACA